CAUUUUUAAAGUAGCAUUGAGCCAUUAACCACCUUAAUCGCUCCAUUUAACGUCUCUCUCUCUCUCUCAGACGAAGUGCAUUCCGCCGGUGCAAUUUGACAAAGUCCCCAUCAUCAAAAUAUAUGUUCCAACAAUGGGUCGAGGCGUAAGUGCUGGGGGCGGCCAGAGUUCUUUGGGCUAUCUUUUUGGCAGCGGAGAGGUGGCGGUGGCGGUGGCGGUGAACAAUCCAACUACUGAAGUUGCUCCUAAUGCUAAAUUAGAAUCUGCCUCACAAGAGGCUGCAUCUAUUGAUACAAAUAAAACAUCCGUCACUAACAACUACUAUCGAUCUGAUGGCCAAAAUUGCGGCAACUUCAUAACGGAUCGACCAUCAACAAAGGUCCACGCUGAACCUGGCGGUGGCUCCUCCCUUAGUUAUCUCUUUAGUGAUGGCAAAAAGUGAUCCAUUGAAUCUCAAUCGGAUCAUUUUACUAGCAUCAUUAGAGCAUCCAUAACGCUAUGGCCCGGGCCGCAACCCGCGAGUCCCGGCCCGGGGAAAGGGUUAAAUGGGGGUGAGUCACGGCCUGGGCCGGUCCCGGGGCCGCAGUUGCGUCCCUGGGCCGCUCUCGGGGUCCGGCCCGGCUCAGGCUUAGAGGACGCGGGACGGGC